AUGGCUUCUCGGUGUGUCUUCGGGGUGUUUCCAGAAGAGGUCAGCACUGGCCUCGGACACCUCCACAGUCUUCCCACCCUGCUUGGAGGGACAAGAUCUCACUCCCCAGCAAGAGAGCUUAAGGACCUGGCAGACUAUCAGAGGGCUUUGAAUGCUCUCGACAGAAUCCAGGGUGAAAAAGAAUCAGUCAAACCAGCUGACGGGGAGACCUGGAGUGAGUCGCCCACCUUCCUGGGCUUCAGUUUCUUCGACUGUGCAACAGGGAUAACAAGCCCCACCUCCCAUGGAUGCUCCAUCCCCCCUUCCUUCCUAUCCCACCCCUACCUCAGAAGUCAUUUGGAGCAGAAUUCCUGGCAGGGACUGAUCGACAACGGUCAGCUCCCCGCCAGCGAGAGAGGGGUCCCUUCAGUGCUGUCUCAGGAGACAGGAAUAACCCGACUGGAGACUCUUCCUUCUCCACCUCCACGUGCCCCACUGAUCCCAGGAGGUUCGGGGGAGGAAGAACGCAACCCCCCACUGGCAUCAUCCUGGGCCCACCCAGAGCCCCGACUCUGCCCCUGCGAGUGCGCUCAGGUGGGCCCCGCUCCCUGCAGGGGGAUGGAGAGCAAGAGCUCGGGGUGCUGUGAGGCCCCAGAGAAGCUGGGCCUGUCCUUCUCCAUUGAGGCCAUCCUAAAGAGGCCCUCCAAGAGGAGUGACACGGUCGGGCCGGAAGGGGCAGGGGGAGAGGGACUUCGGCAAGAAGUGGCCACAGGCUCCAGGCUGGAGAGGCCCCCACAGGACCAGCCCCAGGAAGAGAGGAAGAGCAAGCGGAGGGUCCGUACCACCUUCACCACGGAGCAGCUGCAAGAGCUGGAGAAGAUCUUCCACUUCACCCACUACCCAGACAUCCACGUGCGCAGCCAGCUGGCAGCCAGGAUCAACCUCCCGGAAGCCCGGGUGCAGAUCUGGUUCCAGAAUCAGCGGGCCAAGUGGCGGAAGCAGGAGAAGACUGGCAGCCUUGGAGCGACGCAGCAGCUGCGCGAGGAUGUGACCCUGCCCACAGAUCCGGACGCGGCUGGCCCCAUGCUGAUGCCCACUGCUCUGCAUAGGCCGGCUCCUCCCAUGGGGUGUUGCCCACCAGCUCAAGGUCAGCCAGCCUCUGCCUGGCUCCCUGCCAGGAUCACCCUCCUCCCACAGCACCCAUGGGAGACACAGCCUCUCCCGGGCCCUCUUGUGCAGCAGACCUGCGUCCCCACACUGUGCAUCCUUCCACCUCUGCACCCCAAGUGGGGCAGCAUCUGUGCUACUUCAACAUAGGGAUCAGACAUCUUCUCCCCAAAUGAGCCACUCUCCGUUCCAGGUGAAGGCAGGUGGCAAAUGUGUCCUGGGCCUCAGAUGGAAUCGAUCUCACAAUCCAAAGACGGCGUACGGCCCAGGAAGCUGCCCUGAACCCGCCUGCUGGAAGGUUGCACCAGGCUCAGCAGCAAAGUCAAUGAUAAAGGACAGCUCCCAUCUCUCCUGGCCCAGGCUGCUCUCCUGUGCAGAAGACAGGCUGGAUGGGGCCUCAGGAUGAGCUCGGGACCAGGGAGCUUGCUCUCCGGCACCUGUGUCUCCUCUAACUUGCUGUGCAACCUCCAGCCUGUGACUCACCCCCUCUGGACCUCAUCUGUAACAUGAGGCAGUUGGACAAGACGAUUUCUAAGGGCCCUUGUGACCCUUACUUUGGUGAGGUGAACCAUGGUGAGCGUUGAGGCAUAGAGGAGGCCAAGAAAGGCUGCUUGUUCAUGCAUUCAUUCAUUCGUUCUUCAUGACACAUUCAUUGAGCAGCUACUAGUGCUCCAUAAAUAGGGAUGAACAACUUGGGUCCCAUCCAGGCUGGUCAAAGGGUGGCGCUGACCUUCCCUUGCAAGCAGAACACUUGUUCAAUGGCCUUGCAGUUGGCCCGUGUCUAACGUAUUCUUCAUGGCUUUGAUUUGCACAUCCCAGAGUAAGAGAGAAAUAUAGGAAUUUUUUUUUAAUUAAAGCAGAAUUUAGUGUCUUCAGUUGCUCUGUAGGAUUGAGAGGAGAUGUCAUCAUUUCUGGCAUGAAGAGUAAGACAGUAAGUUCUUUUCCUUCAGUUUGCCUUUCCAGGACAUGCACAAGCGGGCCGGCUGGAAGACCAGCCUCACUCUGUCCUGGAGAGCCUGAGACUCCACCCCGCUCUGUUUCCUUGCAGCAAGGUCUCGGGCAAACCACACGCCCUGUCUGAGCCUCAGUUUUCCUGUCUGUAAAAGGGAGGCGGUAACUCCCACCUGGCCUGACUCAACCAGCAAUCCGGAGGCUCUGAGAGGACG